AUUUUAAAUGAUAGUUACAAUAAUAAUAAUAAUACAAAUAGCAAUAUUGUUUUUAAAAGAAGUUAUGAAAUGUUAAAUAUUUUAACUAUGUUUAAUAAAACAUUAUUAGAUUAUAAUAAAAAUAGUAGUAUUGUUUUUGAUAAAACGGAAAACGUUGACUUUUUAAAUAAAUAUUUUAAUAGUAGUUCUAGAACUUUUAAAACUCCAAUUGAAUUCAUAUCAAAAAAUGAUUCAGAUAAUUUAGAUUAUCAAUUAAAUAAAAUAAAAAAUAAUUUAAAUAAUAAUAAUCUUGAAAAUGGAUAUUGGAAAGAACAGAAUAUUACCACACAUAGUACUCAUUUAAAAAAAUCUAUUAAUAGUAAGAAACAUAAAAGACUGAAUAAUCAUAAUAAUUUAGGACGCAAUGUACGAUCUGCCAAUUUAUCGGUUAGUGGUUCAACAAAAAAGAUUCAGCUAUUUAUUAAAAAUCGUUUCAUACAAUUAAUGCCAGAUGGGAUUGUCAAUGGAACUCAAGAUGAAACGAGUGAUUUCACCAUACUACAACGCACCACAGUUGAAAUCGGACAAAUAAAGUUUCAAGGAGUUGCUACAUGCUUAUAUUUAUGCAUGGAUAAAUGUGGUAAUGUUUUUGGAUCGAAAGAAUUCACUGAUGAUUGCAUCUUUAAUGAAUCCAUGGAAGAACAUCAUUAUAAUACAUACUCAUCAACAUAUAAUUCUAAUUCAAGACAUACUUUAUAUCUAGCUUUAAAUAGACACGGUGAACCUCGCAAAUUACAAAUACCGCCAUCACGAAGCUUAGGUAAAUUAGCAACAUAUACAAAAUCAUUAACGGAAAGUGUUUCAGAUGAUAGAGCUCAAAAAUUAAUUAGUAAAUUAUUUGGACCAAAUCGAGUGAAACACGGUGUUCAUCAUCUUUGUGAUGCUGGUAAACCAUUAGUUAAUUUAACUAAAGCUAUGUUGAAACGUCCUCCAAAAUGUAAAGAGGAUAGUGCAACAACAGUGACAACUUUAUCAACAUCUACAGAGCAUAACAAAAAACGUAGAAUAAGCGCUUAUAAAGAAAAUAAUAAUAGACGUAGUAAUAAUAAUAAUAAUAACAAUAAUAAUAAUAAUAAUAGUACCAUAAACGGAAAUUUUACAAAUACUAUUGUAAACAGUAGUUUUAGUAGGACUAUGACCAAUAUUAAAAAGACAGAUAAUAUUAAUAGAAAUGAAAACAAAAAGCAUUGUGGUGGCAACGGAAAUGCUCCUAAAAAGAAAAAACGAAAACAAAAUGAACAGGGUAAUAAUCGAUGCAACAAGGGACCUCAAAACUCCUCUAAAAAACAUAAUUCAGGCCAGAAUAAAAAAUUAAAACACCAAACUACAACGACAACCACAGUCGCAUCAAUAACGAUAAACACAACGGAAAGCAAUAAUAAUCAAACAACUAUUAAAAAAAUCUAGGAAACAGAAAAAUAAUGUGAUCAGAUACUCCUUAUUAAGAAAAGGACACUAACAAUAACAAGGCGCUCAGUAAAUGCUUUUUAGAUGUCAAAAUCAAACAAAAAAAAGCGUAGGCAAACCGCCAUUGUAGGAAUAUCCGUCAUAGCUAAUUUGCAGCAGAAGUUAAUCUUCUCAAUACAAUUAAGUUAUAUCGAAUUAGAGUUCAUAAAAUAAGGACAGCUUUAAAAGAAAAAUCAAAAAAGUAAUGAAAUGUCAUCGUUUCAAUGAACAGAUUAGCGCACAUUAUUAUUGAAUUGAACUUCUGCUAAGCGAUGACAGCCGUAUAUUAUCGGUACGUUUAAUAUGUUGUACCGUAUGGUGAUUAUCAUUGACGACGGAAAACUGUUACAGAAAUGACAGAUAUUAAAUUUGAGAGUUAUGCUUUUGGAAUUGAAAGAAAAUUCAUUCUUUUGAUCUUGAAUUUAAGAUUUGUUCUGUAUGUCGGAAAUAAUUAUAACGAUUGGGUGUUUUAUAUUAAUUUUUAUAUUCAAAGAGCUGAUUAUUGUUAAUUCUGUGUACAAUGGUUAUAAAAUAAAAUUUUGACAAUAAUUAAAUUUGAAUAUUUACAAAACAAAAAAAAAAGAGAGUGUGAAAUAAGUUUCUUUUUUAAGCGAAGCUUUUUUUCCCUUAUUUCAAAUUGUUAAAAUAUACUCGAAAAUUUUAAGAG